UUUGGAGAUGCACCUUCUAUACUACAAACAAAAAUACUGCUCACUUACAGAAGCCAAGAAAAAACCUGACGGUCUUUCUGUGAUUGGUGUCCUCUUUAAUUUGUCAGAUAAUCAGAUGAAAAAUCUCAAGACUUCAGUACUUGAACCAAUAAUAAACGGAAUAUCAAAGGUUAAGAAGGUAGGACAAACUGCAAAUAUUGCACCGUUUUCAAUAUCGAUUUUCGGUCUGAAGAAGUUUUACCCGUAUAAAUAUGUAACAUACCAGGGAUCUCUAACAACACCACCUUGUUCGGAAAUUGUGACUUGGUUAUUAUCUUCGAUUUCUGUGGACAUAACGAUUAAACAGAUGCAGGCUUUCUGGGAAAUAGAAUUAGCAAAUUCAGAUAAAGCAAACAACAGACCAAUUCAGGCGCUAAAUGGCCGCGAGUUGCAAAUCGUUUGGAAUUCAAAGUUCUAAGCCAAAGUACUAUUAUCGGAAACAAAAAUAUUAUAUUCGACUAUGUCGUGAUUGGCUUUACUACAUUGUUUUAAGAUUUAAUCAAUAUCAGCAUGGAAUAAAAAUUUUUCCUAAUGAACCCAACAACGGAUGAUGUAUAUUAGUCAACAAUAAAUGUAUUCAAAUGCACUCGAAUUUCAA